CCUUCUCCUAUAACAGGUUACUCGAGGUUACGCUUCCAUGCUGCCAGAUCCCAGAUUGGCUUGGUUCCUCUCCUAUGUCUCCAACAUUGUGGACCCCACAUCAUGCCCCCUUUUCGAGCUGGCACGACUAAAAACAUUUGGGUCUCGGAGAGAUGACGAAAUUGGUGGUUGAACCCGACGGGAGCGAAGACUAGUACCAAAUUCAAGUGUAAAGUCAAAGCAUCGAAUCGAGCCAUCAUUUGUACAACAUAUAUCAAGUUAUAGACGAGAGGUCAGCUAAAAUCUAACUUUGGCGUAGAUUAUGUGGCCAACUCCAUCCCUAAAUUCACCUCCAGCUGAGCAAAUGCGGCCCUUGAGGGUCAUUCCCUCAGAGGAGCUACAUUAGGCUGACCUUAAUCGCCAUAAAGUCUCGUAGACGGUAGAAUGAAUAAAGGAAAAGUGGGGGAGUGGGUCCGACACACUAGCUCCUCUGGCAAAGAAUAUUAUUUCCACGUGACUAAACAAAUUUCGCAGUGGGAGAAACCUCGGGAGUGGCUAGACUAUGAAAAGCGACAUGGACCUGUCCCAAAUGUACCUUAUACAUCCUCGUCGCAGAAGCAAAACCAGAAUAAAGUUCACCAGUCACAACAGCAGCAUCAUCACCAUCAGUCCCAUAACUCCUCUUCCGGUUCUAAUCACGUCAAUACCAACACCUCUUCCGACCAAAGAGAAAGAAAGGCGCAAGCAUACCAUCAGCAACAACAACAUCAUCAUAACGCUACUUCACAUAAUUCAACAAAUGCCAACUCAUCCCAUUAUUCUACCAGCUCCGGAACAAAUGCUACACAGCAACAACAAAAUGCUACAUCCAAUACGUCUGCAACUUCUAAUAUUCAUCAUCAUUCCCACCCUGCCGCCAAUAAUCAUAGACUAGAGUCGAAUUCAUCCAUACACCAUUCUUCAAGUUCCACCACCACCCCUUUUGGCGCAAGGGGCUCCAAUAAUAAUGAUAUCAAAAACUCCUCCUCUGCAGCGGUCACUGCUAACUCCCUUGCCACUGCAUCCCUUCGGGAUACCCGUAAACCUUCCGAAGAUUUACAAACGGAAGAUAUGGACAUAUCCCCCUUGGAUGACAGCAAUUCCCCGGUGUCGAACCACGAUUCCUCCAAGGUCCAAAAUUCCCAUCACCAAAACUCCCACCCGAAUUUUCAAUCUCACUACCACCAUCCACACCAUCAUUAUCCCAAUUCGAAGAAUCUCCACCAGGACGAGUCAUCCAGAGAAGAAAUCAGAAAUUCUGCCUUCCACCAGCAUCCCAAUAGCGGAAGACUGAUACAUCAUUCAGGAAGUAGUAAUCUAGGAAACAAUGGCUAUCACGGUCGAGAUCGUGAUAGGGACAUGAGAGACAGUCCUAGAAGAAUAGAUAAUAGGGAUUCCAGGGAUUUUAGGGAUAAAGAUAGGGAAUAUAGGGAUUAUAGAGAUAAAGACUCAAGGGAUAGGGAUAGAAGUGAUCGGGACAGGUUACGGAGAGACCGAGACACAAGAGACAGUCCAAGACGUUACGACCGUGACCGCAAUGAUAGAGAUAGGGACCAUAGAUGUAGGAAUAGGGAUAGGGAUCACCGGGAUAGGUUACGGCAUAGAUCUAGUUCUAGAUUACGAGAUGAGCGGUCCAGAAGCCCAAGAGAAAGAGAUGGUACACCUGAAAGACCUGGAGGUGAUUCCGGAGGAGUAACAGGAUUAGGGUCCUUGGGGGCGCUGGCAGCUCUGAACUCGGACGCUGAAACCACUCCCUUGCAGUCGCUGGCACAGUACUUCCGCGAAGAUCUCAUAGCUCAUGCGCAAGACUUACCCGGGGAUGAACUGGAAAGAAAGGCAAAUCAUCUUAGCGACGAGAUAAUGACGACAAGUUCAGUUCAGUUGUCUAAAGUGUGUGCCGAGUUAAAGAUGGCAAGAAGUUUAGUGCGUUUAACUGAUAUUCAGGCAACGUUACAGGAUCAACGGAUUCUUUUUUUAAGGCAACAAAUUAAACACCUGGAAGAGAGUGAUCGUGACAAUUCCUCUUCAAUGUUAGGCUUGGAUACUGGUGACUCUUAAGUAUAGUCGUUAAAAUAAUUAGUUAAUUAUUUAUACAAGUUGAAACUGUAACAAAUCAAAACGUGGAAGUGAAGUUAUCGUGAAUUCAGCGCCCUAAUUAUGGGGGUUAAAGUUUAUUACACGGCAUAAUCUGGAGUGGAAUCAGAAAUGUUUAACCGAUAUUACUACUACUACGACCUUCCCGACUGAUCAAAAUUCAGCUUCCUCCAAACUUGGUUUUUUACGGGUUAAUGAAUGUGUUUGUGGAAUUUUUAACUUUCUAAAUUAUGCAGUAAUUAUCUCGACAACAUUCAACAUCGUCUAAUUUCAGUAUUCUUUUUUCAUUAAUUCAUUUAACUAUUCUGUUUGUGUUAACACCAAAGUUAUAGCUGUGCUGGCGGCGGUGUGUCUAGCAUGACAGAUUAACAGAUUAUUAUUAUUAUGUCAUUGUCGUAAACUAAACCUGAUUUCUAUAUGUCAACAAGUCUGCAGUUCAUCGAAGGUAUGGAAAUUGUCCUUUUUAUCCACUUUUUUCCAUCAUGUACAUUUUAUUAGCUUGAUUUGUAUAAAAAAGUCAAGCAAUAUUUUAAAUAAAAUUUAAAAUCGUGAGCACCUCAGAACUACAAAGCUGGGGUGUAAGCACGUGUUCUCAAAUA